CGCGGCUUGUACUAAUUUCGCGCGGGAAGUUUAGUUGGCUCGUAGCGUUUGUAGAUUGCUGCUGGUCGGUUUUUGUGGAAAAAAUGCAAUUUUCUUCAAAUGGCAAACGGGGAUUUUUGAAAUUGGGGGAUAAACAAGAGUUAUAUCCUCUUAGUGUCCAGUUCUAUCUGCAGCCUCCUACUGAAAAUAUUUCUCUGAUGGAGUUUGAAAGUUUUGCAGUUGAUAGAUUAAAACUACUCAAAACGGUUGAGAACCUGGGUGUGAGUUAUAUGAAAGGUGGUGAUUCUUACAAAGAAAAGCUACAGUUGGAACUUCGGCAACUUAAAUUUCCAUAUUAUGCUUUGAUUGAAGAUGAUUAUGAUGCAAGAAGAAAAGACCAUAUUUCUCACUUUAUACUGCGUCUUGCCUACUGCCAAACGGAGGAGCUUAAGCGAUGGUUUAUCCAACAAGAAAUGGACCUCUUCCGUUACAGAUUUAGUGAGCUAUCUCGUCUCUUAGUUGAAAAGUUUCUUCAAUAUGCUAAUUUGGGAUAUGAUAUUCUUCCAGAAACUGAAAAGCUGAACAUUGCAGAUAAGCUAAUAAAUGCAACUCCUGGAUUUGGUCAGAGUGAACUAAAAAAUGUCUUCUAUAAGGUCCCUUUCUGCGAUGCUGUGGAUUUAGUUCGUGUGAGGAAAGUCUACUUGCUUAGUGGAUAUGCCUGUGUACCUCAGCAGGAUUUUGUUACCAUUGUCCUGAACAGUUACAGAACCAAACUAUCAAAAGCUCUGGCACUAACAGCACGAUCACUGCCUAUGGUACAAACUGACGAGAGACUUCAACCCCUGCUCAGUCACCUCAGCCAUGCAUAUGUUGGUCCAGAUUAUACUAGUGAAAAUGCAAUGGGGAAAAUUUCAUUGGAACAAAUUGAUGCUCUUUCAGUUAAAUCAUUUCCUCUCUGCAUGCGCCAGCUCCACAAAGCGCUGCGUGAGAACCAUCAUCUCCGUCAUGGAGGCCGUAUGCAAUAUGGCUUAUUUCUCAAGGGCAUUGGCUUAACAUUAGAGCAAGCUCUGCAGUUCUGGAAAUCUGAAUUCAUCAGAGGAAAAGUAGAUGCAGACAAGUUUGAUAAAGGAUAUGCUUACAGCAUCCGGCAUAAUUAUGGAAAAGAAGGCAAGAGAACAGAUUAUACUCCAUUUAGCUGCAUGAAAAUUAUCCUGUCCAAUCUCCCAGGCCAAGGGGAUUAUCAUGGGUGCCCAUUCCGCCACAGUGACCCAGAGUUGCUGAAGCAGAAGCUUCAGUCAUAUAAAAUACCUCCUUCUGGAAUCAGUCAGAUUUUGGACUUGGUGAAAGGUAUGCAUUAUCAGCUGGCCUGCCAAAAAUACUUUGAACUGACUCAUGAUGUCAAAGAAAUUGGUUUUACUCUGAGCCACCCAAAUCAGUACUUUGUGGAAAGUCAGCAGCUACUUGGUGGCACCAAAGAAAUAAAAAAAGAUGAAAGGCAGCUUGAAAGCUCCCAUCUGAAACCCAGCAGCCAGACAAGCACAGAUAUAUCUACUACUCCCUCUUUAAGUACAACAGAAGAGAUGGAACUGGAGGGACUUGAGGAUUAUUUUGCUGAAGAUUAAAUAAUUUUAUCACUUUUUAGCCUACUUCCCAUUAUCUUCCUAUAUUACGAAGCAGUGCCCUGUGAAGAUAAUUGUAAACGUGGACUUGUGUUCUACACUAAAUAGAAAGUGUGGAACAGUAUUGUAAUGCCAAAAGUUUUGAAAAACAGCUAUUUCUUGUAACAUGGGAAGCACAAAAUAUUUUGCAAGGUUGAGUAAUAAAAUGGUUCAAAUCACAUUUCUGUUUCCAUGGGCAAAUGCUAGAGUUGUAAGCUUUCCAUCAUACAGUAUUACCCUGUUUCAUUCUGUUUUAACUCCAAGUCUUUUUUCUUAAUAGAACUGAUUUUGAAAUGUAGAGAAUUGCAAAUAUUUCUAGUGCAGUUUAGGUCAUUACUGUAAGAUGUAUUGUAUCAUAAACAAUUCAUGAUUGCUUUAUGAAUUCCUCCUAAAAUGCAAAAUCUUCUUGGUGUGAUUUCAAGCAAUAAGGCCUGUUUGAAAAGGAAACAAGAUUUUAAAUGCAUGUUGUUAAAUUUACACAUUAAAACCUGUAUAAUUAAAAAUGAGUAG